CCUCUCAUUGAGAAAAGCUGCCUCAUCACCUCAUCUGCCUGAGCAAGCUGGAAUUGUAUCUCGAGUAGCUCGGGAUUUUACUCUGCUUCAAUAAAUCAGAAAAUCACCAAUUGACAAUUAUCUGUCUAAUUGGUUCUCAAAUCACUACCAAAAAGCCACUGUCACCAAAAACACGGCGACUUUAAGCUAGUACAUAAACCAUCCAUCAACGUAACACAUUUCUCGACUCUCACUACCAACAUGUCCGCUCGUGCCCUUCUCAACACGGCCACCAAGGCCCUCCGGCCCUCCGUCCUCUCCGUUCCCACCACUGCCGCGCGCCGGGGCUUCACCCAAACACCGCAAGCGGCCCUCAAAGAAUCCGCCUCCACGGACCCCAACUCGACAGACUACGAGAAACACAAGCAGGACUCGCUCGCCAAGCAGAAGAAGGGCGAGGGCCACUGGAAGCCCGAGCUGGCGUCGGUGAGCGAGGAGAGCGUCAAGGCGGACCGGAUGGGGCCCAAGGAGGCCGGGGAGGCGGCCAUGAAGCGGCUGCAGGAGCAGACGAAAGGAAGGGCCGAGGAGACGACCAAGCAGGGGACGAGUAUGCGGGAUGGUUUGUGAAAUUUCUUUUUUUUUGGUUCUUCUUCUUCCGUUCGGUUUUUAGUUUAUCUCUUUUGUUCGGCUGGCUCGUUCUGGACGGGGUUUGAGUGGGAACCUUUGAGUGGGUGGUGAUGCGUGUGAUUGUGGUGGUUGGCUGACUUUGGUGGUUCAAGCAGAGUAGGAUUAUCUGGGUGAUGUGGGUGAGCGGAAUGGGGGUUGGGAAAAGAGUCCCGAGAGGAGGGAUUGUAUAUAUAUUCCAGGCAUCAAAGGAGUUCCGUUUUGCUCAGCGCCUUGCGUCAAAAAGAAGGAUCAUAGACUGACAGACUGCAAUAUCCGAUGAUUCGAUUGUUCUCCCAAG